AUGGAUAGAUUAAAAGAUAUUGAAAGUAUGGCACAUGGACAUGCUGGUGCAUUGGCUGGACUUUUUUCUACUUGUUUACUAUAUCCUCUGGAAAAUAUCAAAACAAGAAUGGCUGCAUCAUAAUAAAAAGAAGUCAUUCAAGAAAUUAUCAUUAAAGUCUGGAAUGAAGAAGGUCUAUAGGGAUUUUUUAAAGGAGUAACCCCAUUAGCAUUAGGCAACUAUAUUUCAUAUGGAGUUUAUUUUUUUUGGUAUAAUAUUAUAUUUUAUCAGAAGGUAUGAGUAUUUUAAACAUUUAUUUAAAACAGAUAUUUCUAAUUCAUUUGAUUUAAUUAAACCUUCAUUAGCAUCAGCUAUUCUAACAACAUUUGUAACAAAUCCAUUUUGGGUAGUUUAGUCAAGAAUGACUGUCUGUAAAGAUAAUCUGAAUUUUUUUUAAAAGACUAAGAAAAUAAUUGAAACAGAAGGAUUGGAAGCAUUAAUGAAAGGCUUAUAAGCAUCUCUUAUUUUAACUAUAAAUCCUAUUAUUCAAUUUGUUAUCUAUGAAGCAUUUAAAAGAAGGUUCUAAUAUGUAGAAAAUUAAGCUUUAAUUAACUUUAUUGGAGGAGCAAUCUCAAAAGCCAUUUCUACAAUUUUAACAUAUGUUUAACUUUUAUAUUUAAAAAUUAGCCUUACUAACUUCUAAGGACCAAAACACAUAUCAAAAAAAAUAGUUCAAAAUCAUAUUUUUCAGCAGCAGAAAAGAUUUUAAAAAAUGAAGGAAUAUAAGGGUUAUUUAAAGGUAAAACAUUAAUAUUAAUUAUUUAGGUUUAACACCGAAAUUGUGUUAAUCAGUAUUGAAUUCAGCAUUUUUACUUAUGUUUUAUGAAAAGAUAUAUGAAAUUAUUAAAUAAGGAAUAAUCCUUAUUAUUAUUGAAUUUUUGAAAUAUCGAAAGAGAAUAAGAAAACUUUAAAAGUUAAAAUGA